AUGGGGAAUCUUAAUCAAACACCCCUACUAAAUUCCCAAAACCCUAAUCAAGAUGAAGACGAAGAAGACGCAUUUACCUGUGAAAUUUGCAGUGAACCAGCCAACACCAAAUUCAAGAACGACCACAAAUGCAUCCACCCCUUUUGCACCGAUUGUAUGAUCAAAUACAUCCAAAUGAAGCUUGAUGACAACUUAUCAGACAUCAAAUGCCCGGCUAUGGCCUGCAAUCACUCUCUCGAACCCUUAUCAUGUCGUCCCAAAAUUGCACGCCAACUAUUCGAUAAAUGGUGCGAUGUAUUAUGUGAAUCGGCGGUGCUAAAGCUUGACAGGGUUUACUGCCCUAACCAAGACUGUUCGGAAUUGAUUGUGAACGAGUGCGGUGAGCGUGAUUUGAAGAGAUGUUUGUGCCCUAAUUGCAUGAAACCGUUUUGUUUCUGGUGCAAGGUUCCAUGGCACGCUGGGUAUAUGUGUGAGGAGAGUGGGGAGACAAGGGAUGAAAACGAUGUCGCUUUUGGUGUUCUUGCGGAGAGGAAAGGAUGGAUCAGGUGCCCGACGUGCCAGCAUUUUGUUGAGCUUGCCGAUGGUUGCACCAUUGUUCGUUGCAGAUGUGGAAUUGAAUUCUGUUACAGAUGUGGAAAAAAAGGAGGUCACAGGCACAGAUGCAACAAUCAACAUCGUAGAUUUUUAUGGAGAAUAUGCUUUGAUUAA